AUGGAAGAAAGGCUAUUUGGCAUUACAUCGUAUGACCUUAGGCUCUUGGUGUAUAAAUGGGCUGAAAAAUUGGGGAAAAACCACAGCUUUAACAAAGAAAAACAAAUAGCUGGUAAAUAUUGGAUACUCGCAUUCAAAUCUCGCCAUCCUCAAAUUGCACUUAGGAAACCAGAAGCUAUGAGUGCGGCCCGAGCAGCUGCUUUCAACGAAGUUAAUGUUGGAAAGUUUUUUGAUCUAUUGACGCGUAUUGUAUAUGAGAAUAAAUUGACACCAGCAAGAAUUUAUAAUUGCGACGAGACUGGGAUGUCAAUAGUACCAAAGCAUAUAUCAGAAAUUCUCGCUUUGAAAGGUAGGAAGCAAGUUGGUUGCCUGACGUUCGCUGAGAGAGGCAGCACUGUCACCAUCGAAGUUUGUUUUAGUGCUGCUGGAGCAUACAUGCCUCCUCUUUUUGUAUUUCCUCGCGUCCGUGCAAAUGAUCAGCUCAUAAACGAUUGUUUGCCAGGGGCUUCAGCUGAAUACCAUGCAAGUGGUUGGAUGCAGUCAGGAAUAUUUUUUCUCUUGUUUUAA